AUGAAGAACGAAUUUGCUCGCAUGGACGAUAAGGUUCACUGCCUAAGCCAGAGCAACCAGACCUUCACCUGUAGGUGUGACUUCAAACUCCUCACUGCAAUGCCGUCGUCACCAUCACCACACCAAACAAACUCUUUGUCUCCAACUGCAACAACUCCCGCAUCGUACUCUACCACAAUGGCACCACCAUGUCUCUCUCCUCCGAUCACAAGAACGGUGUGCACAGCUGGACCUUACCUGCCACGUCACCCCCAAACCGUAUAUAAACACUCUCCAGUUCGAAAAUUAAACUUCAACGCGCCAAACACAAAGCAAACACCUCCAACUACAAACAAACACACUUCACAACUUUGCUUUUUCUCUCUUUCAAUGUCCUCUUCUUCCUUCUCCCCCGCCACUCUCACCACCGAGCAGGAGCUUUCCGUCAUCGUUGCCGCCCUUACCAACGUCGUCGCCGGCUCCACCUCCGCCUCCAGCUCCUUCUCCCUCCCCGAAUUCCGCCUUCCACAGACCUCUGAUCCUCUCGCCGCCGCCUGCCUAAUGCCGCCGCCGCCGCCGCCGAGCAUGGACACUUGUCGCGAGUGCAACAUCGCAGGAUGCCUGGGAUGCAACUUUUUCCCGGAGGAGAAAAAGAAGCAGAAGAGGGCCAAGAAGAAGUACAGAGGCGUGAGGCAGAGGCCCUGGGGAAAGUGGGCCGCGGAGAUUCGCGACCCUCGUCGUGCUGCCCGGGUCUGGCUCGGCACGUUCGGAACCGCCGAGGAUGCCGCCCGGGCCUACGACAAGGCCGCGAUUGAGUUCCGCGGCCCACGGGCCAAGCUCAAUUUCCCCUUGGUGGACGAGUCGCUCACUUUGCAGCAGAGCGAGCCAGAGAGGGUUCAAACAGAAGAAGAGCAAAUAAAGACAGAGAAUCUCAAUCAAGGUAUGGAAAUGGAUUCAUUCGGGAACAAGGAUACCGAAUUCUGGGACAGGAUUAACGAAGCUGAUUUUCAUCAGCUCAUGAUGAUGAUGGAUUUUGCUGGAGAUUCUUCCGACUCUGCCACUGGGAACGCUCUUAGUUCUUGAAAUAUUCAAUGAAGCAAAAUAAUUAGUUUUUGAUAGUGUGUGUGUUUAAAAAUUGUACAACUCGGCCAAACGUAUUUGUUAAAUUAGCAUUUAGCUAGCUCCACUACACUGCAUUUCUGUAAUAUCUUUCUUCCGCUAGGUUUUUUCGGGAGGAAGCUGCUGCAUAGUACAAAUCAAGAGUUUUAAUGUUUCAUUUCACCACCCCAAGAGUAAGCUCUGUAUAAAGAUUGGCGUAUUAUUAUUAUUAUUUUUAUAUAGCAAUAAUAGCUAGUUUUAAGA